AGUCAUCAGCCUCAGUCUGCAGAUGAAUGUGUGAUAGGCGAAGUGUUCUGCUGUGCUCCUGUUUACGACAACAUCUUCUCUCAUACCUCACCUCGGGAGCUUGCGCGCCUUGGGCGCAGCUGUCAUGCUGCAUAUGCUGCAUCCAAAGAUUAUUCCAGGUGCACUUUCAACAUUAACCGACAUCUUUUUGGUUUCAUCAGCGAACCCCUCCUCUUUCGCAGUCUACAGGCACGUACUGGUACACUUAUUGCAGGCUCAAACGCACUGCAGUUUUUGGAUAGGACAUUCUAUGAUGAAACUGACAUGGACAUGUAUGUCCAUCCAGGACAUGCAAGAGAAGUCAUGGACUAUGUUGUUGAAAGGGAAGGCUACGAAUUCAAGCCACAUUCCAGACAACCUCAGGAUUACCGGAAUAUUGUCUCUGAUAAAUGGGACAACACUCGAAUACGCCAGGACUAUCAAAUCAAAGGAGUCAGAUCCGUAUUAUCACUUGAGAAACAUGGCUCCAAUGGCUAUCAGAAGAUUCAGGUUAUAGAAUGCGCCAUGAGCCCAUUUGACACCUUCAUCAAUUUCCACUCCACAUGUGUCAUGAACUUCAUAGCCUUUGAUGCAGCUUAUUCCUUGUAUCCGAUUGCUACCUUUGAAGACUGGUGUACUCUUCAAGUUUGGCAGGAAAGACCGCUGCACGAUAUUAGUGUCGCAAUAAAGUAUGGACAAUGGGGCUUCCAAUGGCUUUCCGCCCUACCUCUCAGCACAUCCUCGUUCUACCUG